AUGGAAACUACGGACCUGGAGGCCCUGGGUUCGAACUGUAUGAAUGCGUAUUAUAAGCAUCCAGCGGAUCCUGAUGGCCGCGAGAGACUAGUCACACGCGCGGCAGACAGAAUUAUGUGCAGACUAAUGGUAGGAGCAUUAUAUUUUAUGAAUGACAACAGGUGGCGCCUGUGGGGUGGGAAUAUGGUGGUUAGUAAUGAUGAUGAGCUGACGGAAUAUGUGAGAUGUGCAACAGUGAAUAUGUAUAUGGAAAUACUGAAGGAAUCAUCAUGUGGUGGAGACUGGGGUUUAUAUUAUGCAUGGUACACAAUGAAAGAGAUGGAAGACGGGAUAGGGAGUGGUUUAAUAACCAAAGGUAAAUGUGGGCACGCAGUGUUUCAAAACAUAAAAGCGUCAGAGUGGGAUAUGGGGAACAAAAUUAAGCAGUGGCUACGGCAGAAUGCACGGAUGAAUGGAAAAAUAGCAAGAUCAGGUCUAAAAUCCAAGUGUAGUAGAGCAAUUGCAGACAUCGAUAAAGUAAAGAAAGGCGGAACAAAAGAUAGUUUGAAUGUUCUGAAGGCAGGAGUAGAGAAAGACAUAGGGGACACAUUAAAGGCAGCAAUGAAAAGCGUUAUGAGGCAAAUCAGCAAAGAAGUUAAGGCAACAAUGAAGGGCUCGGGGGAUAAAGGACCUGGUUCCACAAUAGAACCCGAAUGUGACUCUGAGGAAGAUGACACAGGGGAAUUGUCAGAUUCAGAAGAAGAUAAAGAACAGGACCACUAUUCAAGCAUACCAGCCAGUUACCGAAACGCCGGCAACGCCACAGGAACCUCCAGCUAA